AUGAAGUUAAAGAUCAAAAUGCCCUCGAAACAGUUCGAAGUUGAAAUCGAACCAUCUGCCUCAGUAGCAGAUCUGCGAAAAGUAGUCGCUUCUGCUGUUGAGAAAAAGGAGGAGCAGAUGGUUUUGAUUUUCGGUGGGAAGAUUUUGAAAGAUACGGACACGGUUGAGACGCACGGAAUCAAAGACGGCCAGGCAGUUCACUUGGUUGUCAAACAACCGCGUCAGGAAGACCCAAAGCCAGAGCCAAAAGCAGAGCCCGCGAGUACUCCUGCAUCGACCGCGACAACGACCUCGGGAAGUGCUACCGCUAGCUCGUCGACUGGAGCGCGCCCUGCCGCUGCUUCAACGAAUCCCUUCGCAGCUCUCGCCGGAGGAAUGGCUGGUAGCGGUGGACUGGGAGGAGCAAAUGUACAUCAGCAAGCACAGCAGAUGAUGCAGAAUCCACAAGCAAUGCAGGAGAUGAUGAACUCUCCCAUCAUGCAGGCGAUCAUGGAUAACCCUGAAGUUAUGCAGAGCAUCAUCCAAAGUAAUCCGCAAAUGCGGCAACUUAUGGAAACAAAUCCAGAAAUCGGCCACAUUCUAAACAACCCAGAACACAUGAGACAAGCUAUGGAAAUGAUGCGCAACCCGAGUAUGAUGCAGGAAAUGAUGAGAAAUCAAGACCGUGCGCUGUCGAACCUUGAAUCUCUACCAGGCGGAUUCAAUGCGUUACAGCGAUUCUAUAAUGAAGUGCAGGAGCCAAUGCAGAAUGCCAUGGGCAGACCGAAUCCUUUCGCCACGCCAACAAACGACAACAACACAACGACAGAAAACACACAAGCUGGAACACAAAAUAACGAAGCCUUGCCGAAUCCUUGGGCAGCUCCAACUCAAGCAAAUACUGGGAACACUGGUGCAGCUGUCGGUGGAGCUGGUGGACUUCCUGGAAUGGGCGGUCUCGGCGCCGCGGCAGGAUUAGACCCUGGAAUGAUGCGAGCAAUGAUGGGCAUGAUGCGAAACAAUCCUCAGCUGAUGCGGCAAGCAUUAAAUGCGGCGCCUGGAUUUCAAGGAGCAAAUAUAUCAGACGAACAGCUUGCUCAAGUUGCUCAACAAAUGGCCGACCCGGCAACGCUCGAAGCUAUGUCAAAUCCACGAGUCCUCGAAGCAUUUCAGCAGAUUCAAAGAGCGCACGAAGUCAUUCGCCAAGAGGCACCUGGCUUGUUAACUAUGAUGGGCGGGCCUGGAAUGGCUGGUGCUACUGGCGCUUCGCCAGCGGCUACUGGUGCAGGAACUGCUCCAGCGGCUGGAGGAAAUGAUUUCAUGGCUAAUAUGCUCAGAUCAAUGGGUGGAAUGGGCGGCCUUGGCGGUGCCGGUGCUGGAAUUCCCCCAGUUGCUAACCCAGAAGAACACUACGCCUCUCAACUUGAACAACUGGAAAUGAUGGGCUUUACCGAUCGAGCAGCAAACAUCGAGGAGCUGCAACGAACACAAGGCAAUGUCGAAGCUGCUGUUGACAGAUUACUGGCGAGACCACGAUAA